AUGUUCCAGCUGUCAGCCACCCCAGCAAGUGCCCUUGCAGAUGAUCCAGUGCACAUCCAAGUGACAGGCCUGCCCCCAUCCCAGGUGGUAACGCUGAAGGAUGAGAAGAAGAAUCUGUUCCAAUCCAUGGCCUUCUACAGGGCUAAUGAGGCUGGUGAGGUGGACUUGGAGCAGGCUCCCGCAUUUGGAGGUGACUACAUGGGAGUAUAUCCAAUGGGCCUCUUUUGGUCUCUGAAGCCUGAGAGGCCUUUCCAGAGGCUGCUCAAGCAGGAUGUGAUGAACAGCCCCUUUUGGGUCAGUCUGGACCUAUAUGACUCCAUUUGUUUUCAAGAUUCAGCCACUGUUUAGCCCAAGGCCAGCCAGACCAUGCAGCGCUGGUUCUCAGGCCCUGGGGUGCAGAGGAAGCAGAUCCAAGAAGGUCGAGUGCGAGGAGCCCUUUUUCUUCCUCCAGGGGAAGGCCCUUUCCCAGGAGUCAUUGAUUUGUUUGGGGGCAUUGGGGGCCUAGUAGAAUUUCGGGCCAGUCUUUUGGCUUCCCAUGGUUUUGCACUGCUGGCAUUAGCAUAUUUUGCCUACGAGGACUUGCCUGACAAACUGCAGGAGGUGGACUUGGAAUAUUUUGAGGAAGCUGCCAACUUGCUACUAGCUCAUCCCAAGAUCCAAAGGCCAGGAAUUGGAGUGAUCUCCGUGUACAAAGGUGCCGAGAUUGGCUUGGCUAUGGCCUACUACAUGAAGCAGGUGGUGGCCACCGUCUGCAUUAAUGGGCCCAACGCCAGCUUUGAAGUUCCAGUCAGAUACGGGGAUCUGAUUGUGACACCCAUCAGCUCAGCCCCGCAGCGCCUGCAGGUCCACGUCUCUGGAGCUGUGCGCCUCCGCCACCGUAAGGGAGACCCCCGAGAUGAGCUCCAUCAGCAGAGUGUGCUUCCUGUUGAAAAGGCUAGGGGUUGGAUUCUUUUCAUCGUUGGGGAGAGUGACGAAUGCCUGGAUAGUAAAGCGUACGCUGAGCAGGCCGGAGGCAGAAGCAGCAGGAGGAUGCCGGUGUACCCCGGGGCAGGCCAUGUCCUAGAACCGCCCUAUGCUCCCUUGUGCUUCGCGUCCUGGGACCCGGGCAUUUCCGGGCCCUUGCUCUGGGGAGGAGAUGCUGCUGCUCAUGCGGCAGCCCAGGAGCACGCCUGGGGGCAGAUCCAGAAAUUCUUCAGGCAACACCUCAUUAAGACCAGAAGCAAACUCUGA